AUGCCAAUGAAACGGAAGUACGAGUUCCUGCAGGAGGUCUGCAGCGAGGAUGCUGCGAGCAUAUGGGAUCAGACGUGCGGAGACUCUGGUAAGAUGACAGACCUCCUCAGCCAGCGCUUUGUGGACUGCAACACAUGCUCCUCUCAGCAGCAUAUCGACGACGACGACGAGGACGAGGAGGAGGAGUCAGGCCGCGAGUACUUCUGCGUGAUCUGCCAGGAGACAGACUUUGACAUGAGCAACAAGAGGCUGCUGGAGCACGUCCUCCAUGACGAGCAAGAGUCCCUGGUGCCCCCUACCUGCCCUCAUCCCGGAUGCAGCACCAUAGUCGGCUACAACAUCCAAGCUCUGCUCCUCAUCUACGCUGACGAUGAGCAAGCGCAGAGUCUGCUCAAGGCUUACGAUAGCAAGAAGAGCAAGUACGACUCUUGGAAGUUGGGUCACCUGCCCUGCUUGUCCCCUUGCUGCCAGGCCGUCUCGAGGCUGGUGUUGAUUGGACAUGCGGCGAGCGAGGCUACGGUCAAGUGCGACAGCUGCAUGGCCACCUACUGCGCUGCUUGCUCGAUGGCGUCCGGAAGCUUGGUUCCCUCCCACAUUCUCGUCGACUGCGAGCAGCGAGUCCUGACUGAGGAGGGGUUGCGAGCUCUCGAUCAGGUGUACGAUGCGACGGGUGAUGAGCUGAGACGAAUGAGACUGCGCGACCCUCCCGCAGCGCUCAGACGGUACCCUCGUCCGCCGCCCGCCGCCCGCGACCAUCGCCCGCCCACAGUUGACGGCAGUCAAACGCAUGUGGCAGCAGCAGACACGAGUACGCAGGAGGUCGAGGCGCAAGGGACCGAAGCAGGCAAACAGAGGCGGCUGAAGCCCAAACAAAGACCCCCGGCUCAGAGCACGAUACUUUGGAUGAAUCUGUUACAGGGGGGGAAGACCGACUGGAGGGCGAGGAACGCCCUUGAGCUCCAUGAACACCUCCAUGCUCGUCCAGCCGACAAGGUCGCCGUCGAACUGCUCGAUGCGCGUCUGCGGAUCGUCGAGCAGAAGCGUGAGCUGUUCGACAGCACGCGACAGACGCUCGAGGGCAUGGUCCGCAACCCGGCGGUAGAGGACCCGCAGCACCAUGCUCCGCCGGAGGCGACGACGUCGCUGAGCCUUCAAGACAUCCACAGCAUGUGCGAUAAAGCUUUUCUCACCUCCCUGAAGGCGAGGAUUAGCAGGAUCGCCAGCGGCGAAGAGCGCGAGGAGGCCCGAGCAGAGGCUCGCAGUGACCAGGAGGAGAUCGCAAGGACCUCCAAGCCCUGCACCAAGUGCGGGUACCGCAUCGUCAAGAUGGGAGGAUGCGACCACAUGACGUGCAGGAAGUGCCGGCACGAGUUCUGCUGGAGGUGCCUCAAACCAACGAUCGACCACUUCCACAGCAGCUGUCAGGGGAAGCCAGACCUGCUGUCGUUCUCUGAGGAGCUACAGCCUGCCAUCAAGGACGUCAUCGACAAGUACCGCGGAGUCGAGUCGCCUAUCGAGAGCAGCCUAGUCGAGUACGCGCACAGGCACUUGGCUCCCGGCCAGCCUGUCGACGAGGACAGGAAGAGAGCGGACUCGCAGCGGAUCUCCGCAAUGCUGGAGCGGCGCGAGCCCUUCAUGCUCAGAUACUUCGACCCCCGCGAGGUCAGACGCAGAGCGGAGAUGAGGAGACUGCAGGGAUAUGCAGCGGGAGGUGAGCAAGAGAGGAUCGCCUGCUCCUUUGUGCUCCGUCAAGUCCGCGACAGCAGUCGCAGCCCCAUCAGCAAGGACGCAGCCCUCCGAGUCUGCUCGGACCCCUCCAAGCAGUACCUCAAGUACCGGGCCGCCAAGCGCAGCCUCUUGGACGCGCAGGAGAAGAUGAGGAGGGAGACACGUGAAGCCCCGGCUGACUACGUCGAGCGUCAGCGCCGCAUGAUCGACUGUCAGUGCCACGUCAUCGACGUGGAUCUUGCUCGCCUGGAGAUGCAGAAGCAAGCUUGCGUCCUCAUGGGCAUGGACGUGCCUCCCUGGCUCCUGUCAUGCUCCGAGCGGCUCUCAGAUGCCAAGGAGCAGCAGGCGCAAGACAUCAGCCAGGCUGUCUGCACCAGGACCUUUCUGGACGCUCAUCGAGACUACAUGCUCUCGAGGAUGAGCCAACGUGUAGAGCCGAGAGUCCUAGAAUGGUGA